AUGAGCGGGAGAGGAGGGGGAGAGUCGGCGACGGCGCCGCCGGGUGGUGCCGGGAGUGUGGAUGUUAAGAGCGUGUUCAUCGGGGCGGGUUGCAAUAGGAUCGUCAACAACGUUUCCUGGGGACCCUCCGGGCUCGUCUCCUUUGGGGCGCAGAAUGCCGUCGCCCUCUUCCAUCCCCAGGUCUGAUUUCUUCUCAUUGCUCUCUCUCACAUCUGCUCACUCUGCACCUCGAUUCGGCCGUCCGUCUUCUUCCUUCUGGACAUUGGUUUUGAGUGUGCCAUGUCUUCGAACGUUGCUUUCAGAGUGCUCAAAUAUUCACCACGCUCCCUGGGCACAAGGCUGCCGUCAACUGUACCUGGUGGCUCCCGUCAAAAAAGGAUCCUUACGAAGGUGGCUCCUUUACUCAAUACUUCUCCACUCUGGUGUUUCUUGUGUGAGAAUUGGAUUGAGCUGCAUGUUUUCUGGCGAGAGCACGAUGAAGGAUUAAAGUUUGUGGUCUAGGAAAUUCAUGGACGUGGCAAAGCUUUUGAGAUAAUUCCAUCGAAGAGAGAAACCUCAGACUUCGAGAUGGCAGUGGGAAUUCUCUAGAACAUGGGUUUCUCGCAGGUGAUGGAAAAUGAGGAAAGCUUGCUUGGUUGCAGAGGCACGUGAAGAAGAGUGGAAUAUGGACUCAUCUGUUGUUCCUUAGGUAUGGGUUGGAAUGGUGGGCCAAGGAACCCAUUAUUUUUUCACGACAAUUAGGAGCCGCGCUGAUAAGUUACCAAUCUAGUUUUCUUGCGCAAUGAUAGAUCAAAAUUUUCUGAAUGGAGUGAUUUUGAAUAUAGAGCAAUUAGAAAAUGAUUUCUUUUUUUCACACAAUAAUUGGUUCCUAGAUGCGUGACGUCUUGGCUCUAAGUAAUGUCCUGGCUGUGUGGACAGUAUGGUGCAUUGUGUCUGCAUGUCGUUGAUGUCAGAGUUUGGGUCAUAUCUGGCACUACCAUGAGAAAGCUGUUUGUCGUGUCUCAGAAACUGUUCAUUCUCCUUGGCAUAUCCUUCCAUAGAUUGUUGAGUAUAAUCCUCUCAUAUGGACAUUUACUUGUACUAUUUCGUUGAUUUCCUUUCUACUCUGAUAACUCCCUACUAAUACGUACACUACAUGAAAAUUGCCCAGUGCAAAAUGCAGAGAAGCAUUACCUACUCUCGGGAAGUGCUGAUGGUGUCAUCCUCAUUUGGGAAGUCCAUCCGGCAGAGAGAAAGGUAUUUUCUUCCACUAGCCAUAUUACGAUAUAAAAAUUCGUGGAAGUCACAUGAAGAAACAAACAUUUGUUGUGCUAUUCAACUUACUAGUUAUGAAAAAAAUAUUUUAUCAGAAGUGAAUGUGAUUCGGUUCUCUUUGGCCUAUCAGGAUUUCAUCAUGUGUGAAGUGAACAUGAAUAAAUGUAUCUCUUUUCUUUGAUUUUUUGAAUUCGGGGACACUUUACUGGAUUCUUCUAAAUGCAUGAUUAUCUUUUUCUUAUCAUCACAGAUUCACGUCAUCAUGAAAGCUUAUCCUGUCAAAUAUGGGUGUCAACUUUUGGCUAGGAACUCCAAAUCCUAAAGAUUUCGCCACUAUCCUAAAAAUAAUUCGUUCACAUAUCGUGAACGUGUUAUUCAACCAUCGAGCAUGCGCUUGUCCUCACUUCAGGGGACGAUCAGGAUAGUUCUGAGCCAACAUUCGUUGCGAGGUAGAGUGGUCUACUAGGACAACCUAUGACGGAUGUGUAGGAUAUAGACAGAAAAGAAACUAUUUCUGAGGAAUCAGUAAUUUAAUGAGUACAUUACAUUGUUAAAGGAGGAAGCAAAAAAAUAGAAGUGGACUAAAUAAUAGAAGAUGAAAGAGAAUGGCUGGCAUAAAGGAAGUAUAAAAAUGAUACAAAUAGGGCAACCUCUGUAUUGCAUAUGGGCGAGUCAGAUUUGAAUGUUUCAAUCUACAAAAGGAGCUAAAUCUUCGAAUGUAUAUACUUCUUCCAUUUUAUGGGGCAGAAAUAUCUGAUACAUGUAGGUAAAACAAUGUUACAUUGCAAAAGGUUUAUCUCCAUGGUUGGCUGGGGGAUGUCGCCAACAAGUGAUCUUCAAGAUUCCUAUGCGCAGAGAGAAUCAGUCUUCGAGACUUGCUUUCACAUCUUUCUUUUGGAACUUGAAGGUGCCAGUAAAGUAUGGACAGGGCGUUUUCUGAAGAGACGUGGGUAUGGUGGAUAUUCACCAGUGUCCUUGAGCGUUUAGUCCUCUGUUCUCUGACGAGUCAUCCGUAUUCCUAGUCAAUAUAUUCAUUGAGCGUGCUUUUUCCCAGGAUAUUCGAACUUUUUCUUUGGUCUUACACCGUCCAUUCUUAUUGUUCCACAAUUGUGCCAAGCCAUAGUUCUCGUCAUCAUGGUGAUAGAACUCUUGGUUAUGAUGUUCCUUUGAAUGAAAAUUCCGAUUACAUUCACAAUAUUAUCAUCUUUCCGUACAUGUACACUCUGUCUUUAUGUCAGCAAAUACACAACUCACAUGUCUAUCGUUGUCUACCACCAGAAUUAUGGCCGCAUCCUUAAAAAACCCUCUUAACUUCAUGAAUUUGUGCCUCAUCAAUUUCUGUGCGUACGAUAUUACUUCAGCAACCUUGGGGGGCGCCCCCCCCCCACUUAUCCUACACCUCUCAAGUCAUUUCACGGAGUCGGACUAGAGUCAAGCUCAACAGGGUCUUCUUUCCCCGCUGAUUCCACCAAGCCCAUUCCCUUGGCUGUGGUUUCGCCGGAUAGUAGACAGGGACAGUGGGAAUCUCGUUAAUCCAUUUAUGCACGUCGCUAAUUAGAUGACAAGGCAUUUGGCUACCUUGAGAGAGUCAUAGUUACUCCCGCCGUUUACCCGUGCUUGGUUGAAUCUCUUCACUUUGACAUUCAGAUUACUGGGCAGAAAUCACAUUGCGUGAGCAUCCGCGGGGACCAUCGCAAUGCUUUGUUUUAAUUGCUUUCUUUGUCCUCACUGUCCUUUUGCCUGCGUGAAUGGCAUCUUUGAUCCUGUGACCUAGUGUACUAGUGCAUGGUCAGAACUGAUUUCAUUCUCUCGCAGCUUGGAUGCACAUAGAUUUUAAGGAGGUAUUUCGCCUUUUGUUACUAUAACCAAAGGCUGAUAAGAUUUUUUUCGUUGAAAUGGGUUGUGGUAGUAGCUAAUAUGUCUUUUUUGUCUGUUACUUCUUUGAUGGAAGCAGUUCCUGUUGUUUGUUAAAUUUUAUAUGUUGGCAAUUUUGCUUAAUUUUUUCCAUUUAUUUCGUCAAGUUCUGUAACCCACUGAUGACCUGUCAUUUAAGGAUAAAGUUGCUUUAUCAUUAUGAUAUAGACCAGAUAAGUAUCAAGUCAUAAAGAUAAUUGCUGUAAAUAAUUUUAUUGAAUAUUUGCUACUAUCAUCGACCAUGGUAGAAUUUUUUUCAUGUUUACAGUGGAGGCGAGUACUGCAAAUUCCAGAGUCGCACAAGAAAGGAGUCACAUGCAUUACUAGCACUUUUAUUUCCCUAGAUGUUGCCUUUAUUGCUUCUACAUCUUCUGAUGGUAUGGUACUUGUGUGGAAAAUGGUCCUUCCGGCAGAUAAAGCUGGUGAGUUAAGAUGCUCUUGAUGUGUACCUUUGGUUCUGUAAUUAUCACGUUGGAUAAUUUUUGGACGAAAUUAUACUUUACAAUAGUUUCUGGAUUGUCUUUCAUAUGCGUUUUACAUUCUCACAAUCAGAUGGAAUACCACAUCUUCCUCUGGGUCUUUAAUGACAGCUAGAGUUUAAGAAGGGACAGUUUUCUUUCAAAAGCUUUUGCAAGACUUCACUUCCCAAUCACUUCUGGUUAUAGAAUUAUUCCUGGCAAUAAAUUUGGUCCUUGACUGUUGGGUGUUGCGCUAUCUAGUUAUUCAACUUAUGGCGGAAUGACCAGAUUCUAGAUUUUUAAAAUACAUCUCAGUCGUUCAGCUCUUUCUCAUUUGUCCGUUACACAUAAAAUAGAAGGGAACUAAACAAAUAGGAUAAAAUGCAGUUAUACAAAUUCACCAAGAUGUUUCCCGUUUUUUAUUAAUUUUGUGCCACCUACCCAAAACGGUGCUCUCCUCAGUUAGAUUCACAUUAUCACCUGGGUAAUCUCCUAAUUUUCGCCUCAACCUUCACGUUGAGAGUAUUAUUUUAUAACUAAGUAAUGAUAUGCCAUUCAAAAUUACACACUUCUCGUGGAUUUUCCUAUCCUCGAACUCUCAUCUGCAAAACGAACAAAUCCAUAUAUAUCAGAUUGAAUAAAGCAUUGAAAAUUAGCAAAAGUCUUCAUAUUGAAUGGCUGCAAACUUUACCUGAGAGUGAACUCAACAAAUUCAUGUGAAUGUUCAUGAAAAGUAGAGUUGUUGACAUCAAGGUGCUUGUCAGUCAAUUAGGAUUAAGAACUGAUUGACAAACAGUGGCACAACAGUUUUCUGAAGGCAUUACAGAUACUUUUAUCUUGGUAAAAAUAUUUUCUAAGAUGUAUUAAGCUGCUUUGUAGGCUAUUGCGCAAAUUUUUUUGAUACAAUCUCUGUUAGUGAUUUGCUACCUUUCAGUUACAUUCGUGGAUAGUGCAAACAAUUUUUCUUUCAUUUUAUGUAUGUACUCUUAGUAAAUAUUUUUGGACCAGAUAUAUUUGUUAUAAAAUGACAUGGUAUAUAAUGCUCGUCAGAAAUGUAAGAAAAUUGUUCUCCACGUAGGCCCCAUUCCUUGUUGCGAAAGCAGUAAGGCACUAGGCCACUGCGUUCUUUGCCUCAGUCAUCAUGAUGAUGGUGGCUACCGUCAGGUAAAAAUUAUGAAGAGUACCGCGAUGAAUUAUAAGACUCUUUCUCCUAGUUAAAGAGAUAUUUUCCAUUUACGGAUCCUCCCCUUUUCUUUGGGCAGAAGAUUGCGGACUGACAUGUGUGGAACGUAUCCCUGUGGGUUCAAAACCAAUGGUUGCAUUGUCUUUAGCAAAAUUGCCUGGUCAGGAAGGGACCCUUGUCUUGGCAAUGGGUGGGUUAGAUCACAAGAUUCAUCUUUAUUGCGGUGACAGCACAGGGAAGGUGAGUUAUUUCCGAGGUUUGAUGCACAUAUUAUUGGAUAGAGUAUUUAUCAUAUCCGUGCGUUUAUAUCAUCAUCUGACUAAAUUAAGCUUUCCUCCCCUAUUCUUCAGUUUCUUCAAUCUUGUACGUUGAAAGGGCACACAGACUGGAUUAGAAGCUUGGACUUCUCAUUACCUGUUCAUUCCAAGAGUGGGGAAAGUAGUAUUUUUCUUGUUAGUUCAUCUCAGGACAAAAAUAUCAGGAUCUGGAAGAUAUCCUUGCUUACCUCUCCUGUGAAUCAUAACUCACAACACAAGGAAAGGAAAGAUGAAAAAGGCUUGGCAUCGUACAUUGAAGGGCCCAAGUUAGUGGCUGGUUCUUUUUCCUAUCAGAUAUCUCUAGAAUCUCUUCUUAUAGGCCACGAAGAUUGGGUGUAUUCAGUGGAAUGGCACCCACCUCUACCAGUAUCUACGAAUGUAACCGAAAGGUGUCAACCAUUGAGCAUUUUAUCGGCAUCAAUGGAUAAAACAAUGAUGAUCUGGAGGCCUGAAAAGACUACAGGUAUCUGGGUAAAUGCAGUGACUGUUGGGGAACUUAGCCAUUGUGCACUGGGGUUUUAUGGGGGCCAUUGGGGCCCACUUGGUGAUUCCAUUCUAGCUCACGGAUAUGGAGGCUCCUUCCAUCUCUGGAGAGAUGCUGGCUGUGGUUUCGAGAACUGGCUGCCGCAGAAAGUUCCAUCUGGUCACUUUGGAGCUGUAUCUGAUAUAAGUUGGGCAAGAUCUGGCGAGUAUUUAUUAUCAGUUAGUCAUGACCAGGUUAGCUUUGCUUUUGAAAUUAUGAUGAACAAAUUUAUGGAUGAGUUCUAUUCUAUCCUUCCAAUGUAUUUUAUUUUGUGUAUUUUUCGUAAAUACGGUUUACGAACGCUUUACCAAAUCAGUCUAUGAGUUAUUUAUAGUUCAUCAUCCAUUCCAUGACAUUUUAGACUGCUCGGAUUUUUGCACCUUGGAUUGAUGAAGCUUGCCAGGCAUCUUGGCAUGAAAUUGCUCGUCCUCAAGUCCAUGGCCAUGAUAUCAAUUGUUUAGCUAUCAUUGAAGGGAAAGGGAAUCAUCACUAUGUUAGUGGUGCGGAUGAGAAAGUAGCUAGAGUGUUUGAAGCCCCCUUGUCCUUUCUGAAGUCACUGAAGUAUGCCAAUUUUCCAAAAGCUGGGAGCAGUGAAGAUCUUCCUUAUGACGUUCUGAUUUUAGGUGCCAACAUGUCUGCCCUUGGGUUAUCGCAAAGGCCCAUUUAUGUUCAAGGUGAACCCAUCUCUUCUGAGAAAAGAAACUCUUCAGCCUAUUUGCUUACUAAUCGUGAACUUCAAAGUGCUAAAUAUUGUUGUUCUCUGUUUUUCUGAAUGCUUUGCCUAAUUCAGGAAGAAUGCCACCAAAAGCUAAUACUUCUCCACACCUUGACUCUCACCAUUAAGUCAACGAACACUCUUGUCAUUCGUGUUUUGUAAUUUUAUUUUUGGAAUCUAUAGUUGGAUUUGAUUUUGUUAAAAACAAGUGUGGCCUUACUCUUACUAUAUUGAUUUAUUCAUUUUAUCUGAGAAGAACUGUCUUUUGCCCUUUGAGGAGUUAUUUUGCAUCAAUCUUGUUUCUAUAAUAUGGGUAUUGGGGCACAUGACACGGGCUUCUAAUAUAUUUACGUGGAGAUGUUUUUUCUGACAUUGGUCAUCUUCUCCAGUUCCGGUCACAUCGAUAAAUAACACAUAGGAUUACUUGAACCACAAGAUGAUAUACUUGUAUCAGUUGGACGAUGUUAGCAGCUUCUUGCAUUUUCUUUUUUUACAAUUAUUUUUCAAGGAAACGGCUUCUAAUAUAUGCUUUUAUAUAAAAUUCCCUUCUUCAAUUCGUGCAGCUUCAAAUAAUACCUCGGACGGCAGUCCGAAUGCUGCGGAUUCUCUGGAGUACGUCCCUGACGCAGUGCCCACUGUUUUGACCGAACCACCUGUUGAGGAUCAGCUGGCUUGGCACACGCUGUGGCCUGAAUCCCACAAACUAUAUGGCCAUGGAAAUGAAUUAGUUUCUCUUUGUUGUGAUCAUGCAGGAAGGCUUGUUGCUUCAUCUUGCAAGGUAGAUGAUCCUGUUCUUGCUGUAUUCGUCUUUUUGUUAAUGAUCUUCCUACUAUUGGUUCUGCUGGCUUAUUAUUUUUUUCUCAUAGCAACGAUCUUUGGUGGGUUGUGGAAAGUUAUCUGGCGAUUCGACCAUGAUGAUAUGAUAUGAAACCCUUUCCUGAUUUGAUGGUUCUGCUGUACUUUGAUUAUAUGUCACUACUGUAGUUCUUUUCCACUACUUUUUCUCUCAUCUGAUGAACCAACCGAAGUUCCAAGACCACGACUCCGAUGAGAAGUUCAUGGCAGUAAAUGAAGCUGCUGUGAAAUAAGAACAUUAUAUAAAGAUCAAGAAAUAGAACUUGCAGUGAAAUCAUGUCCCGUCAACAUCCUUUGCAUGCGGACGAGGAUCAUGGAUUGUUGAGAUGCGAUAUGAUCAACUGAGGAAUGACAGAGAUCAUUGGAUGUUUGGCAACUUGUGGGCGAUGAGGACUUCCAAGUCAGAAAGUGAUAAAUCUGAUUAAAAAAAAUAAAAAUCAUCUUACUGAUGGUUGGACAUGUGUCAGAUUCAAUUGCAGUUUUGUUUUUUUUCAGAGCAAUCAGAAAACUACUAAAUAAUUGUCAGUACAUCCCAUGUUUUUUCUAAUAAUCAUCAGCGUCUCUAAUAAUCAUUCGUAGCUAUUCAUUUGCAGAGUUUCUGUGUAUUAUCUUGGGUUGAUCGCCCUCGUGAAACCAUUCUGCAGGCACAAUCGGCGCCAGUUGCAGAGAUCUGGCUCUGGGAGGUUGGGUCAUGGAGGGCUGUUGGGCGAUUGCCCUCUCACAGCCUCACCGUGACACAGAUGGAGUUCUCUCCCGAUGACUCUCUUCUGCUAGCUGUGUCCAGAGAUCGCCAUUUCUCUGUCUUCUCCAUUGAGAAAUCCGGUAAGCAAAGCCGUCCCCGCUCUAUUUAGGGUUAUGUAGUUUUAAAUCCCUGAAAAUCAGCUGAAAUCCCUGAAAACCAGCUGAAAUCCUUUGUUCUUCAGUCGGACUACCAGGUACUGAGAAGCUAUCGUGUUCUUAUAUUUUAAUCCCUCUAGUCUAAUUGAGUAAAAGACUAAAAUGCCCUCAUAAGUAAGCUCUCUCUCUCUCUCUCUCUCUCUCUGUAUGAUAUCUUCUCAGUCUUCCUCUCUUAUUGUUAUCAGCCAAAUAAUAAUAAUAAUAAUAAUAAUAAUAAUAAUGAUAAAUUGGUUUUAUUGGCUUUUUCUUCAGGGUGUGAGAUGGACUGUCGGCUGCUGGCCCGGCAAGAAGCACACAAGAGGAUAAUCUGGGCAUGCUCGUGGAACCCAUUCGGCCACCAGUUUGCCACCGGCUCAAGGGACAAGACCGUGAAGCUCUGGGCCAUCGCCGGCGGCGCCGUCCGGCUGGCCCUCACCCUGCCGCCGUUCGGCUCCGGCGUGACGGCCCUCUCCUGGGCCGGCCGCAACCGCUCCCUCAACCAUGGGCUCCUCGCUGUCGGUCUGGAGAGCGGGCUGAUUGAGCUCUGGAGCCUCACCGGCGGCAGCGGUGGCCCGGCGGUCAUCAGCGCACAGCCCACCGCCCGCCUCGACCCACUCCUCUGCCAUGUCUCCACCGUCAACCGGCUGCACUGGAGGGAGGACGAUCACGGGCCCACUGCCCAGCUGGCUUCUUGUGGCGCCGACAACUGUGUCAGGGUUCUUGAAUUCAGUCUCCGUUGA